UCUGGUGGAAACCUGUGCGCUCGGGUCAAAUAUCGUCAGGUUCAUGGAAGUUUCACAAGGUUUACUGCCUUUGUCUUCCACGACUGCCCGAUCACCUGGUAACGAGUGCAACAUCCUUCUGUUCUUCUUGGUCGUGUCUUCUUCUAUGCAGUUCAUUAAGACCUUGACGCAAGGUUUUCCAACCAUUACUGGCAUACGAUGGUUCAAUCUUUCUGUCCUUGUUAUCACACCGGCCCUCUCCCUAUACGGCUUGCUAUAUGUUCCUAUCCUUCGGAAGACUGUCGUUGGCACUAUCCUCUAUUACAUUUAUUCCAUGCUUGAACGCAUCGCUCCAGGAUACCACCGGCUUUGGUCGCACAGAUCAUAUAAUGCCUCGUUCCCAUUACAGGUAUUCCUUAUCCUUGCGGGAGCGAGUGCAGUACAAGGCUCGUGUUACUGGUGGGCACGCCGACACCGUUCUCACCACAGACAUACCGACACGGACUUUGACCCUUACAACUCUGAACGUGGCCUCCUCUGGACACACAUCGGAUGGAUCAUUUUCGAGUCAGACUUGAAAACUGGGCCAGCUGAUAUUUCUGACUUGCGUAAGGACCCUCUCGUACAAUGGCAGCACCGAUGGUACUUUGUCAUCCUGACUAUUUUCGGCUAUUUGCUUCCAAUGGUCAUUCCUGGCUUGUUGUGGGGUGACUGGAAAGGCGGGUUCUUUUUCGUUGGUGCCCUUCGCAUGACUGCGUGCCAUCAUAGCACUUUUUGCAUCAACUCUAUCGCUCAUUAUCUCGGCAGCACGCCGUACGACGAUAAGCACUCGCCGCGCGACCACCUUAUAUCUGCUAUCCUUACGAUGGGGGAAGGGUACCAUAAUUUCCACCAUCAAUUUCCCAUGGACUACAGGAAUGCAUUCCGAUGGUACCAGUAUGACCCUACCAAGUGGUUCAUCGCUGUGUGCCAUUGCCUCGGGUUCGCCUCCCAUCUCCGUGUUUUCCCUAGCAACGAAAUUGAAAAGAGCGCACUCACGAUGAAACUCAAGACUCUCAAGGAUGUUCAGGACUCGAUUGAAUGGCCUGUGCCCCCGCAGCAAUUGCCCGUGGUAACGUGGGAGACAUUCCAGGAAGAGUCCCAGACGCGUACUCUUCUCCUCAUCUCAGGUUUUAUUCACGACGCAUCCUUUUUCCUCGAUAGCCAUCCAGGAGGACCCGCUCUGCUCACACGAAACUCUGGGAAUGACAUGACAGCCUCCUUUUUCGGUGGGAUUUAUGCCCACUCUCACGCAGCGCAUAACCUCCUUGCGAUGAUGCGUGUGGGCAUCCUUGCGGGUGGUGUAGAAGCGCCAGCAGAGCAUGCCAUCCCACCCAGUCAGCAACUUGUGAUCUGUACUAAUACCUCUCGUUAAUAACACAGCUGCUUGACCCAACUGUCUCGCGUGUGUCCGGUUCGUUAGACAAUCCACCUGUGUAUUAAUGCUUCAUUCCAAAAACUACGAGUAUCUAUAGCGUAAAUAUACAAAAUUGUAGCUUCUAUCACAGUUUUCGACCCACUAGAUCAUCCCAUAUUCUCUUACACUUCGUUACUUUACGCCCCUCGCCUUCUUCCAUUUUGUAUGUAGUCUCGGUUGCCUGGCGACCCACACACUCGGCCAAGGGACGUUCCAUUUAUGUGCGUUGUAUUUAAAAUGGUAUAACUUCCCAACUUGCUGAUAAUCAGCCUGUGAUUUGAAUUAUUAUAAUCACAAGAGGGAUAGAGAUUGCUGG